AUGUUUCUGAAGAUAUCUCCAAUGAAGAGAGUGAUGAGAUUUGGAAAGAAGGGGACUUUAAGCCCUCGAUUUAUUGGACCCUUCGAGAUAAAAUAUAGGGUGGGGAAACUAGCUAACCAGGUUACCUUACCAGCAGACUUGGAAGGGAUGCACGAUGUCUUCCAUGUCUCAAUGUUAGGAAAGUAUAUAACUAGCCUGGAUAUGGUGGUAGAGUAUGAGCCACUAGGAAUAGAAGAAGAACUGACUUACGAGGAGAAGCCGGGGCAGAUUUUGGAUCGAAAGGAGCAAGCAUUAUGGGAGGCAAAGCAGAACAUGAAGAACUGA